AUGGCACCACUGAAUCAGGCGGCUUGGAUCCCCGCAAAAAAGGUCCUGCCAUUCAAGGUCAGCGACGCGCCCUACACCCGUCCUGGCUCAGGCCAGGUCGUAGUCAAGAACGCCGCCGUAGCCAUCAAUCCUUUCGACUGGGUGUUGCAGUACAUUGGCCCAGCGCUUGCUGGUUAUAUCAAGUAUCCCUUCAUUCUUGGCACCGAUGUUGCUGGUGAAGUCGUCGAGGUCGGUCCCGGUGUGGAGCGUUUCCGCGUGGGCGACCGAGUCUGCGGUAGUGCUGCGGCCAUUGCGAAAGAGGUCAACCGCCCGGCCGAGGGAGCUUUCCAACUCUAUACAGUAAUGCGACAGAACAUCUUGACGCCGAUUCCACCCGGCAUCACCAAUGAGCAGGCCUGUGUCUUGGGACUGGGUCUCGGGACUGCGGCUUACGGCCUUUUCCACCCGGAUUAUCUGGGCCUCGACAUGCCUCAGACUCCAGCAACCAUCAAAGUUGUAGGCAAGUCAGGCUUGCCGCGCACUGUCAUUAUCACUGGCGGUGCUUCGAGUGUUGGUAGCAAUGCCGUACAGCUUGCUGUGGCUGCUGGCUACCAAGUCUUCUCUACGUCGUCACCUAAGAACUUUGACUAUGUCAAGGGUCUUGGUGCCUCUCAGGUCUUCGACUACAAGAGCAAAAGGUUGGCCAAGGAUCUCCUCACCGCUCUGAAAGGCCACGAGCUGGUCGGUGCUUACACAAUUGGCAAUGGUGCCGUGGAGGCAUGCACCACGGUUAUGAGGAAGCAUGAUCCCAAACUCACACGAAAAUUCAUUGCCGUGGCCGGCGCUAUCAUACCUGCCGAGAAGCUAACGACAUUUGUUGGCAAAGGUACGUACUUGAUGGGCAUGAUGGGUGGCAUGAUUAAAUCGAGCGGGACGCGCAUCAGAACUGGGGUGGAGGCCAAAUUCAUCAUCGUUGAUGGCCUAGUUGAUCCAGAUAGCGUCGUCUCUCAUGUAUACAUGGACUUUUUGCCGCAGGCUCUUGAACAGGGCCAGUUUGUGCCAGCUCCUCCUCCGUAUGUUGUGGGCAAGGGACUGGAUAAGAUCCAAGAGGCUCUCCAUCUUCAGAGAAAAGGUGUAUCCGGAAAGAAGCUUGUCGUGACGCUUUAG